CCUACCCCUUAGGUUCUGAAAUUCGGGGUUACAGUCUUGGGAUCUGCAGGCGUUCUGAUGCCCUUGGUUCCAACACCCGAACUAUGCCCACCCCGGCCGGCUGGAACCUUUCGAAGAACAGAAGGAUUCCUGGGCUCCAGCCCUAUCUAGGUCUGGAGGCAGCGAUGACGCACCAGCACCCCCUCUCCUUCGCCGAACUGCCGUCUCCGCCCACCCCAAUCUCCCCGUCGCGCCGCGGCUCUCUGCUGGGGGCUGAAGGGGCUCAUCCUGAUGCCCGCAUCCCGGAGGCUCACCCUGCCUCCUCCCAGGCUUCAGGUGUGCCUGGCUCCCCACCCGACCCCUCCGCUGAGCGGCGGAGAUGGAUGCGACCUCCACCCGGGGAUCUCUGGACUCGCCGGACGGCAGCCGCAGCGCGCAGAGGGGUAGCCGAGCGCCCCGGGGGAUGGAUGGGGACCUUCAAUAACGACAGGCAGCUUUCGGGCCUGGCACCGUUUCUCACCUGACAACCCUCUCAGGUUCCCAGCGGAGUGGAGAUAUGAGGCUGGAGGAAACUCUGAAAGGCUGCCCCAGGCACAAGGGGAUCACGAAUCACUUGUAUUCCUAGAUGCUGAGCUGAGUCGUUCCUUCUCCACUGAAUAAAGCACUUUAUAUUCCA